UGUAUGUGGUGGUGUCAAUUGUAAUUAAUUGCUACUGAUAUCAUUGCGAUUGCAGUGUUUUGAUAAUCUUCGUAGUAACAAAACAUAUGUGUUGAUGUCUGACUUUUGACCCAAACCGAGAAAAGCUUAGUCUUAUGGUUGUGUAACUAUUUCUGCAAAAUGUUGAAUUUAAAAAAUUUUUUGUUUUGGAUAUUACUGAAUUUAGUUUUGGUGAAAUUAUCAAAUAAUGCAGCUUUAAGUAUAUACGAACAAAAGAAAUAUAAAAGGUAUACAGACUCGCAAGGCCUCUAUUCAAAUAAAGAUGAUGUAGAAAUUUUAACUUUAGAGAAUUUUAAAAGUGAAAUAUAUGGAAAUAGGCGUGCUUGGCUAGUAGAAUUUUACAAUAGCUGGUGUGGAUUUUGUCAGAGAUUUGCUCCGUCAUGGAAAGCGUUAGCUACAGAUGUACGGGAAUGGAAAGAUGUAAUUGCCAUAGGAGUGUUGGACUGUUCAAAUGACGAUAAUUACCCGAUAUGUAGAGAUUUUGAAGUAAUGGCCUAUCCGACUCUAAGAUAUUUUCAUGAAAAUUACCAAGAAGGUCCUAAAAAUUUUGGGGUAAAAGUGCGUGCCGGAUCUGACGUAAAUGAACAUAGACAAAAAUUAUUAGAAGUUAUUGUGCAAGAGCAAAAUGAAAGCAGAGGAAAAAUGUAUCCUAAUUUGUUACCAUAUGACUCGAAUAAUGUAUCACAGUUAUAUGAAUUAAUCUCCGAAAAUGUCAAAUACAUAUUUUUAAUAGUUCAAGAGCCUUCUCAGUUUGUGGGCGAAGAAGUUAUAAUGGAUUUACAUCAUAUAAAUGAUUUUAUUGUGAGAUAUGCAUUUAAUAACAAUAGUGAGCUCGUAAACACUCUAAAUGUAAACAAAUAUCCUGCACUCUUCGCAAUUGAAAAAGGUUCUUCGCCACAAAAAUUAAAUUCGAUAACUUCUGAUAGAGAAGGUUUUAAAAUAGCUAUCCGUUCGUUCCUAAUACCUAAAAAUAUCAAUGUGCCAUUAAAUGACACGAAUAAACAAAUCUAUAAGGGAAAAUGGGUUGAAGCUCAAGUGCCAGAUAUGACGUCAUUCAUGCAAGAAAGGGAAAGGGAAGCAUUAAAGGAGAAAGUUAAGAAAAUGGGUGAUGUCGUAUUUCAAAUGGAUCUAGAAACUGCACUUCGAUAUUCUCUUAAACGUGAAGUAGGUAGUGUUAAAGAAAUAACUGGAGACAAACUGGAAGCUCUUAAGGCAUACAUAAAUAUCUUAGUCAAAUAUUUCCCAUUUGGAAAGUAUGGACAAGCUUUUCUUGUAGAAUUAAAAGACUAUAUUUCCAAUGAAGAGACAGUAAAAGGGUCUGAAAUUGGUAAGAUUGUCAAAGAUGCUGAGAAAGAAGAUCGACAAGUGUUUUCUUCUCCACAACAGUGGUUAGGUUGUAAGGGAAGCUCAUCUAGUUAUCGCGGUUAUCCCUGCGGUGUGUGGAAGAUGUUCCACUAUUUAACUGUUAAUGCAGCUGAUUCUUCGUCUGGUCUAAAAGGCACCAAUCCAAAGGUGGCAUUAGAAGCAAUGCAUGGAUACAUUAAAAAUUUCUUUGGUUGUGCAGAUUGCAGCAACCAUUUCCAAGAAAUGGCUAAACGGAGAGAAAUAGAUAAAGUGCAAUCAUGGGAUGAUUCCAUACUUUGGCUUUGGAUGGCUCACAAUGAAGUUAAUAAACGUCUGUCUGGUGAUCCAACUGAAGAUCCUGAAUAUCCAAAAAUUCAAUUCCCGUCCAAAGAAAGAUGUACCCAGUGCUAUGAUAAGGACGACUCAUGGAAACUUCCAGAAGUUCUACACUAUUUAAAACAAGUCUACAGCAACAUUAAUGUGAGAUAUAUUGGAUCUGAUACGAGAAUUCUACACCUGGGACUCGAUGGAUCGCUUUCAUCAAAUUCAUCCAGUGUAUUCAAAACAAUUGAUACAAUUGUCGUGCUGCUUGGUCUAACGUUCUGCUAUCUUGUGAAUAAGUGCAAUAGUCAACGCCACAUCACUACUGUCUGAUAGUGUAUCAUGGUUGUAGCAAGUGUCUGAUGCUAUGUUACAAUUAGCAUUUAUUUUUAUGUACGUAUAAAAUAUAUAUAUUGUUAUUCCAGAAGUGGGAGUCUAUGUAAUAUUUCAUUAUUAAUAAUAACUUGGUAAGGAAUUAGAAAAUACAGGAUUAACCAUUUAAUGAAUUUAUUAAUAAUUAAACUAACGUUUAUUACGAAAAAUUGCAUUUGUAAAAUUUGGGAUAUUUUUUAUUUAAAAGGAUGUGAUAAUUCAUAAAUAAAUAAAACGUAACGUAAAUAUUUCUUUGAGAAAUAUACAGGGUGGUCUAGUUAAAGGUAGCUCACCAUGGAAAUCUCGGAAAAGGUAAGAAUGCAAAAAAUUUGUGAUAAGAGUUCAUAAAUGAUGUCUUCAGUUUUCUUGUGUGACUUUAAUAGAUCAUAAAAAAUUUAAUUUUGAAACUCGACUUAUUCGUUUUUCAAUAAUUUUGCUUAUAAUUAGCAGCAGUUGGUGUUAUAAACAUUUUUUCCUGACCUACAGCGUGUCCCGCUGUAAUGUCCGGAAGAGGGAAAAGUUUUUUAUUUGUGGGUUUACUCCAAAAAGUCACUCUUUGUAAAAACUCCUGCUUGUUCCAAAAUGGUCAAAACUGUUAAAAUAUUUGUCAUUUUUUAUAGAGGGUGUUCAGUAUUUAGAAUCCGUCAUUUUAAACUCUAUUAUAGCUCGCACAAUCAGGUCCCACCUGGUUUAAAAAAAAAUUCAAAAGAAGUUAGUGAAACCUCAAAUUUUUAAUCCCCUGUGGAUCCUAAAUGACAUCCCUGAUAAUAUAUUUCGAUAUUGUCAAAAAUAACGGUACUUUACUCUUGGCGACUAACAAUAUUUUUCUGAAUACUGAACACCCUGUAUAAAAAAUGAACAAUAUUUUAACAGUUUUGACUGUUUUGGAACAAUCAGGAGUUUUUACAAAGAGUGACUUUUUGUCGUAAACCUACAAAGAAAAACCUUUUUCUUCUUCCGGACAUUACAGCGAGACACCCUGUAGAUUUUGAAUGAGGACUUUGUACCAUUUAUCGUGUACAAGAUUUCUAUGGUGUUCACCCUUAAGAGAUUAAACUGUAUUUCACUAUUGUUUUAAAAUUGAAAAUUUUUAAUUAAAAGUUUUAUAAAAUUUACUUUUUAAGAAGGCUCU